GGCGGACAUGUUGCGGUUUACUUCAUUAUCGCUGCACCAAGAGACGAAUAUGAUAUGUUAAGAUUAUUAGCAGAACAUAGUCGCUAUAACGAUUUGAUUGUGACAGACGUAUUUGAAUCCUACGAAAACCUCGUGUUGAAGGUCUACACAGCCAUGAUUUUCUUCAAACACUAUUGUCCAAAGGCAAACUUCUUGAUGAAAGUGGAUGACGAUGUUGUAAUUCAUCUGGAUCGCAUGUUUUCCCGAUGGAUCGAAACGGAAAAUGAUGAAAAUUCAAUAUUUGGGAUUGUAUGGCCAGAACAUCCUCCAAUCCGAGACCGCGCGAAUAAGUGGUAUGCUACGCUGCACUUCGUGUUAAGGAUCUACCUCCAGUUUUAG